AAUUACUGUAUGAUGUUAAUCUGUUUGCAUUACAAUGAUGAUAAUUAUUUCAUUCUGGUAUGAACUUUAAUAACUGUACUCUUUAUUUUUGACUUUCUUUCAUAGAAAUUUAACUAUCUCUUUUUUGUUAACAAUCAAUGGAAAUUUCAAAAUAUUUUGAGUUGAAUUUGGUAAUUGCUUCCUUGUUUGGUGUCAUCUGGAUCAUCAGUGGUCUAAUCUUGAAUAUAUUCCAAUUUUUAAUUUAUAUUACCGUUCGUCCAAUAAGUCCUUAUGUCUACCGAAAAAUAAAUUAUUACUUGAUUUAUUCGAGCUGGUCUCAAGUGGUCGCACUUGCUGAAUAUUGGGCUGGAUGUACUUUAACCGUGCAUUUUGCUGACAAGGAGUCAGCAAACUGUCUUGGUACUGAGCAUAGUAUCGUCCUGAUGAACCACAAAUAUGAAGUUGAUUGGCUCUUCUCUUGGAUUCUUUCGGACAAUUUCCGUAUUUUAGGGAGUGCUAAAGGAUUCGCUAAAAAAGAGAUCAGAUAUCUUCCGGUUAUUGGCUGGGGAUGGUUCUUCUGUGAGAUGAUUUUCGUUUCAAGACAAUGGGAAAAAGAUUCACAGCAUCUUGGACCAAGUGUAACACGUUUAAUGGAAUAUGAUGAUGUAGUAACUUUACUAAUAUUUGCCGAAGGAACUCGUUAUACUAAAGAAAAAUACGAGAAUAGUGUUACAUAUUGUAAAGAUAAAGGCUUAGAUAUUCUCGAGCAUCACUUAUAUCCCAGAUCCCGUGGGUUUGUUUACACCAUUAAUAAAUUGAAAGACAAACUUCCUGCCAUCUACAACAUUCAGAUUGCCUUUCGCAAAGAAGAUCCGCCCCCAACAUUGACAAGUAUAUUGAGGAGACAACCGCUGCACGGUUACAUGUAUAUUCAACGAGUGCCUAUGAAAAAUAUACCAAAAGAAAGUGAUGAACAGAUUAGCAACUUUUUGCUGGAUGUUUAUAAACAAAAGGAUCAAUUGACUAACUAUUUCAACGAGCAUGGGAAAUUUCCCGGAGAACCACCAAUUGUCUUAAAAAGAAGGCUAGCACCAUUGGUUCAAACAUUAUUUUGGAGCUUUUCCGUUAUCGCAUUACUUAUAUAUUUUAUAUAUUACUUAAUUACAUCAAAAAGUUACAUUCUGCUGACAGUGACAUGUCUUGUGAUCAGCCUCGGAUUCAUUUCAUUUCUCGUAUUGGUAAGGUCGACCAAAACUAAAAAAGGAUCAUCCUAUGGUACAACAAGUCAAGCACAAACCAAAAAAUCUUUAUGACAAGUUUUCUAGGUUAUCAGUUCACGAGAUUCACCUGCAGAAAUUGUCACUUGAUAAAUAUUAGCUUCUGAAGGAAUAAAAUAUUUACUUUAACUUACAAAA